AUGGAUGUGUAUGUGCCGUAUAUGAGGCGUCGCCAUCAGAGAUUUAGGGCGCGGCUGAGACUCGGUAAGGAGCAGAGGCUACCCACAAUCAGAGAUGAUGACAGUCGCAAGGGAAAAGCCAAGACAUCUCAGGAGCUUGCAUUGCAGAAUGAGGUUUCUACAAUACCAGAGGAAGUUCGGGCAUAUUCCAUUGUUGAGUUGGAAAAAUCACCUGGAGUGGGAUUUGGUCUCACAAUAUCAGGUGGCAUAGACAAAGAUGGCCGCCCCAGAGUUACCAACAUGCGUCCAGGAGGCGUAGCACAUCGCAGUGAUGUACUUCAGGGCGGAGAUUUUAUCACAGCAGUCAACAAUGUGAAGACUGUUACUCUUAGACAUGACGAGGUCAUCACACUCUUAAAGAAUGCUGGAAACAAGGUCUCUCUUGAGAUUGAAUAUGAGCUCCCUGGAUAUGCUCCCAUGAGCCCAUCAACGGGCUAUUCUAAGACUUUAGAUGUUAGAUUGACCAGAGAGGAUGGUAGCUAUGGAUUCACCAUCAGGGGCGGAGUCAAUGCUACCAAUUCCAAGACACGCCCACUCGUUGUGACUCACAUCAGACCAGGUGGACCAAGUGAUAGGGAGGGGUCAUUGAAGGUUGGUGAUAGAUUGGUUGCCGUGGAGACAACGAACCUAAGUCAAGCAUCUCACAUGGAAGCACUCAACAUCAUUAGGCAAGGAGGAAAUACCGCUGUGCUUAGAUUUGAAUAUGAUGUCUCCAUCAUGGAGGCAGUAAAGAAUGCUACAGGUCCACUUCUGGUUGAAGUCUCCAAAACUCCUGGUGCACAUCUAGGUGUGGGACUGAGCUCCAUUCCAAGAAAUGGAAAGUCUGUAAUAAUCAUAGAUAACCUCAAACCUGCUAGUAUAGCAGAUAGAUGUGGUGCUCUUCAUGUUGGUGAUGAGAUCUUGACCAUAGAUGGAUUGACCACUACUCAUAUGGGUGUAGCUGAAGCUAUGAAGCUAUUAGCAUCUGGCACAGAGCAGGUCAAGCUUGAGAUACUACCGGUCAGCCAAAUGACCCCUAGAUUGACCUAUCAUCGAGAUAUGCAGAAAAUGGGAGGUCAAGCAUCCCGAUCUACAACCCCAUUGAUGCCAGGUUAUAGCCACAGUAGCCUAUCAAGGAUAGGAACAAUGAACUCACAAAACACAAGGCAGCAGAGCAGUACGCUGGCACGGAAACUCAGAUCAAAAGGACAUAAGACAGGAUCAAUGUUAUCUCUAGCAUCAACCAUCAACGGCCUUUCAUCACCUCAAGUAUGCCAUACAGACACUGUAGAAGUAACCUUAUACUCUAGGACAGGUGACUAUGGAAUUCAGCUACAGAGUGGUGUCUUUGCUACAGAGAUCCUAGGCUCUCCUGCUGUCGUUGGCUUUGUAGAACCAGGUGGAAAGGCUGAAAAGAGUGGUGUCAUGCAGGCCGGUGAUCGUUUGAUUGCAAUCAAUGGUAGUUAUACUGAAGAUAUGACAGCAGAUGAAGCUAACCAUAUCCUGAGGGAAAGUGCACCACAGGUCACCUUAGAAAUAGAGUUUGAUAUUGCAGAGUCUGUCGUUCCUAGCAGUGGUGUCUUUAAUGUCAAGUUGCCUGUUAGCGAAAUGGGUCUUGGUAUAACACUUACAAGUCUUAAACACAGAAAGUUAGGUGAUGGGCUUCUUAUAUCAACAGUAAAGAAGGGCAGUGUAGCCAACAGGAGUGGUACAUUAGAACCUGGAGAUCAAGUCCUUGCCAUAGAUGAUAUCCAUUUAGACAGUAUUACAGUAGAAGAAGCCAUGCAUCUAUUGGCUCAAGCAGAUGAAAUCGUCAAACUCAAAGUCAAGAAGAAUGAGGCUUAUUCAGAUGAGCCUGAUGUAAGUGGUGCAAUAUCUUACUCAGUGGAGCUUGUUAGACACGGUGGUCCGUUGGGUAUUACAAUCUCAGGAACAGAAGAACCUUUUGAUCCUGUCAUUAUCUCAGGGCUCACAGAGAAUGGUCUUGCUGAAAGGACUGGUGCUAUUCAUUUGGGUGACCGUUUGCUAGCCAUCAAUGGUGUAUCAUUGAAGGGUAAGACUCUGUCUGAAGCAAUACGUCUUCUACAGUCUGCAGGGGAUACAGUGGUCCUCAAGAUCAGUAAGAAGGAAAAGCAUCGUGGCCAUGAUCAGGGAAACAAACCAUCAUCAAGAAGCCAGAGUCCUAGUAGGUUUGGUAGAGGAACUACGCACUAUGAUGCAGACCACAUCGCUACACCUGUCAUGAUACAGACCAAUGGAGACUCAUGGGAAGGAUCAGGUAUGGACACUGGUUACCAUAGUAACCACACACAUCACUCUCGCUCUCACUCACCAAAGACUAGCCGUUCCCGACGUAGCAGCAUGUCACCGUCAAGAAGAAGCAAUCGCCCGAGGAGGGUGCACAAUUCAUCACACUCCACAUCCCCCAAUGAUGCAAGUGAGGAUGAGCUUGAUGAGCGGCGGAGGGCUUUCGUAAAUGGCGGCAAUGGUUCGUAUCCAGUCGAUAUCCUAAGCUCGGAUCAAGAUGACAGUUAUGCCCACUCCCAGCACAGCUACCAUCCACAUGAAGCGCAGAUCGCCAAACACAGAGAGUUCCUUCGUCAGCUUGAAGCUAGUUUCCUCAACACCGAUCAGUUCACAUCGAGUGAGAUGCGACGUGCUGGUAGCGUUGGUCAUGGCUACUACCCCAACCAACCAAGCACCAUAGGAGGACGUAAACCAAGCACCAGCUCACUUCAGAUGUACAGUGAUUCUUCCCAUAGCUACACCCUUCCACCCCAUGCCCCUACCAGUGGGGGUGGGUACAACCAGUUUGAGAGUUUUAGUUCCAAGAGUGAGAGUGUGAACACAACGCACCAGAAUGCAUUAAAUCAGAACGAUGCCUCACACUUGGGGGAUGAGUCAACGGUAUCUGAUCCACCGAAUGCUGCACCAGUAGAGCUUCACAAGGUAUCUCUGAUGAAGGACAGUGAUGUAGAGGACUUUGGAUUCAGUGUAUCUGAUGGUAUUUCAGACAAGGGUGUGUUUGUGAAUACUGUAAGACCAGGUGGACCUGCUUCACGUAGUGGCAAUGUCAAACCCUUUGAUAGGAUACUGCAGAUCAACCAGACAAGAACCCAUGACUUUGAUUGUUGCAUGGUCGUACCACUCAUCACAGACUCCGGUAACAAACUAGAGUUGGUUGUUAGUCGUAAUCCGCUGGCCAAGCAACAGAAUGGUGAAGAUGAAGGGUCAUGGUCUGGUGUAGAGAAUGGUCAUUUUGUUCAGAUGCAACCUGCUGCUGCUGCACAAUUCUAAACUACCCGGGGUAGUCACAUUUCUAAACCAUGCAUCACUGACUUGCUGUAGAAACUACACUAUUAAGGGUAUCAAGAAAAAGUUAAGGAUAUAAAGAAAUCAUUUCAGGUGGAAUUGGGACCAAACAUUGGUUAGCAGGCCUGAUAAUUGACUAAUCUAACCUAACCAAGCAUGUUGUUAUCUGUGUUUUUAAAAAAGUGUUAUACUUUACCAAAUAAAAAUUGGUGGUUCAUACUAGUUUUUAUAGUUAAGCUUGCGAUCAAGGAAAAAACGUCAUUGGAAAAUUUGAAAAAAUGUGCUUAAGUGAUUACUUGCAUCAAAUUUCUAAAAAAUUGUUUUUCAUCCAUAUAUUCAUUGACAUUAUAUAUAAAAACAGGGAUUAUUGCUAUUUUUAUUAGUAAUACAAAAUCCUUGUAUGAUUUUUUUUUUUUAAAGAACACAUUGGAUUGAAUAAAAAUAUUUGUAUCAUGGCUGAAUAUAGGCCAACCAAAAACAAACUGGAUUUUGAGGUAAGAUAACAUUUUCCAAAAUAGGCAAUCAUGACAGAAUUACUGGAGACUUGCUUUUAAAAUGACUUAUCGUAACUGGUUACUCAAAUGGUUUGCGUGUCAUAUCUGCCUAAAUAGUUGUUUCACAUGACAUGACAUUCUGCUGAAAUUGCAAUGUGUUUCCUUUUAUAUGUGAAUCACUUUACAUUUGACACCUGGUCACUCUAGAAAAACUUUUU